AAACAGUACAGAAUCGUCACCAAGGCCAAACAGUCCAUGUAAUGUAUUUAAAAGGAAGUGGAAGUGUAGCCGUUUACAGUAAAGAUCAUUUGCUAAUAACUCUGUUAUAUGUUCACUGACUGUAGCAAUGGUACUGAUGAUUCAAAACUGCGGUGGACUUUGUCACAAAAAUUCAUAUUGUUAACCAGAAAGUGUUUCUCUAUAAAUAAUCUGUCAUUGGUGAUUUAUUUAAUUUAUAUUCUUAUCAUAUUAGUAACACACACAAAUUUUAGAAUUGGGAACAUUUAAAUUUUAAUAAUUAUACUAUUCUCAUGGCCUCUUGCAAAAAGAACUUUGGUUGGUUUACAGUGAACAGUACCAGUCCAAGUCUUUGAGUGAUCGCCUCAAAUGGUUGUAAAUAGUUGUUUCUUGAUAAAAGACACAGAUUGAAGGAUAUUUACAGGAUGUCUAGUCGGUGCAGGACAAUCUCUGUAAUGGUUCAAAAUUGUGUUCAGUGUGUAAUGGGUAUGUGCUGAAAAUAGAUUCAUGUUUCCGUCCUGAGGGGUCACCUUAACCCUGCGCACUGCCAGGUCAAGUCAGAAUCCUCCAUCCUGAAACACCACCAAUCCUCAUUGUCCUGCCGACUCCUCCUGAGCUUGUGCAGCAUGUCGUGUGUUCAAAGGCACCAGGAUGUGGGACCUGAACAUGCCAACACUAACACAAGCACCGCAUGACUCCUCACUCCCACUGCUGCGUGUUUGCGUGAGGAAUCCCAUAGAGGACGAGGACGAGAUGGAUGGAAUCAUCUCAUCUUCUCUUGUCCUCUCGUCCUGACUCAUGUGCUUGGAACAGCAGGCCCAUUUACUCAUUAUGGUUAUUUUUCUCUCUUUCUGUCUCUUCCGUAUCAGGGAGAGACACCGAGCCAGAAACACAACACACCAACAGGCGGACACCCACGUUAGGUUAUCCCUUCCACACUUCGAGAACUACCCAGAUCCACCCACCCACCUCCCAGAGGAGAAACUGUGAGGAGGUAGAGGAGGAUGUAGAGGAGGGAGGGAUGGGGAUUAUGGAGGGAGCUGACGCCUAUUCCUGUGAGUGUGUGUGUGUGUGUGUGUGUUGGUUUAAGUCAGUGUGUUUUGUAGAGAAAGAGACAGAUAGUCACAAGGAGGAAAGGAGGGAGGGAAAAGGGAGGGAGAGUGCGCACUCUCUGCGCCUCACCUCAAUUGGUUGUGGAGGUACCGUCACUAUGACAGGCACCGGAAGGAGCGCUUCAUACAUUACAGUAUUCUUUCUGCACGUUUGUGUCUGCAACACACAGCACAAGGUUGUUUUUUUUCUACCUGAUCUGCAAGUACACAAAUUAUUAACCCUUCAUGGACUUAUGUUAAAAUCACGUGGACCACCACAAUGAUCAGUGAACCUGAUUAUAUUCAAAGUCACUCAUUUAUUAAAUAACAUUAUUCAAACAAUGCAUCAUUACUUAUAUAAAAUGUAUAUCUUGUAUAUUGUACGUGUGUGUGUUCUAGUGUGUGUCAUCUAAUAAAUUAAUGUGAUAAGGAUUAAUUACAGAUUAAUAAUCUUAAUCUUGGGUAGGGAUGUCACGUAUUUUAGGGUUAUAGUUCAUGUUGAAGUUGUGAAAGGUGUGUGUGUGUGUGUGUGUGUCAUAUUCACACAGAAACAGAAACUCUUCUCACCGGUAGUCUGUGGCUGUGCAAAGUUUGGUCAUCUCUCUCCCUCAACCCCUCCCUCCUCCGAACACUGACACACACUGUCUCCUUCACACACACACACACACUUGGCUCUGUCUAACUCGCUUUCACGCGAACGCGCCCGCAUGCACGACCGCACACAUUCGCGCUUCCCCCGUAUCCACCCCUCCCUUCGUCUCGGCGCUGUCCAUGGUGCUGCCUCAUUCACUCUAGUACGCCAUCCACGCACUGACUCCAUCAUGAGGCAGAGAAGGAGGGAGGGGGCGGGGUUGGAUAAAUAGCUCCAGAAGCAGGCCGAGAGCUACACUGAGACUGGACCCACUUGCAGUGCAAAGACCACAAGCAAGAAGACUCCGAAGCCGGGAGUAGAAGUACCAACAUUUUAUUCUGGAGCUUAGAAAGCGAUCCUCGGAGGACUGUCCUCGCUGGAGCUCCGGUAGAAACCAAUUUGUCACUCCGCUAUACGCCAGCCUUCGUCUGGAUAUAGCUGCUUAAACAAAGUUGGUAGUAAACUCUUUGGAGUUUGGUUAGAGUCACAUUAUCUAUUUCUUUGCUUGUGAGAGUGGACUGCACUGAAACUUUGGGUCGACCCUGCGCGGUCGGUCUGUCUUGGACCUGGCGCAUUCUUUCCGCCGCUUCGAACGCUGCGAAAGUUUUUGGCCAGAGCGCACAAGUUGCGAAGCCGAGUCAGACUUUUUGAGGUUCACACAGCAGCUGCUGUAACCGAUCACCCAGAUAGAUCCACGAGACCCCUGGGCCACCGGACAGAGAGCCGCUGACGGGAUCUCAAGGAAAACCCAAAUCGAGCUCCCCUCCUGAAACAGACAUGACAGACUGUCUGAAGCUGUAAAAGCUAUAAUCCAUCAGCUCUUCAGAGGGGUGCAAGAUCAUUCAGAAGAUCUGAAAGAAGUGCAGUAACUUGCAAGAAAGAAGUUAGAAAAAAAAAUCCAGUUAAAAAAAAGUCAUCAGAGAAACAUCAGAAUCUCUAACGAAGCCGACCCAAUGGCGUGGUCACCACUUGCCGGCCCUUGUGUGGCCUUCCUCUUAGUCCUUUUUGGUUUGACCUCAUGCACUCCCUCUGGACCAGCCUCCGCCACCUGCGCCACCCUGGAGCAGAGUCGUUUCUUCGGCGUGUUCUCCUCCACGACCACCUUCCCUUCCUCACCCUGCUCCUGGACCCUGCAGAAUCCUGACCCACGCCGCUACACUGUUUACAUGAAGAUCACCAAACCCACCGACUCCUGCGUGCCUCGCCAGAUCAGGACCUUCCAGUUCGACUCCUUCAUCGAGACCUCCCGCACCUACCUGGGCAUGGAGAGCUUCGACGAGGUGGUCAGGCUGUGUGAUGCUUCCACUACUGUCACCUAUCUGGAGUCCACCAAGCAGUUCCUGCAGAUCCGCAAGGUGGCACCAAGGAUUGGGCUGGAGGUCGCGGCAGAGAGCGACGUUAAUGAUUUCAAGGCCGAAUUUCUGGUUGUGGGAAAAAGGAAUCCCAGCAUGCCUGCCUGCCAAAUGCUGUGCCAGUGGUUGGAGAAAUGCCUGUCAAGUAGCACCCAUGAUUAUCCCUGCGGCAUCAUGAACACACCCUGCCAGUGCUGGGAGGCUCCAAAGAGGAAACCAGGAAGCUGCUACAGAGGUGGUGUCUACGUGGAGAACUGUGUUACUAUCCCCAAAGACAACGGACGGGACGCUGAGAUUAUCAAAGGCUGGGCCGGUUGGGGUCGCUGGUCUGCCUGCAGCCAGGAGUGCGACGGUGGAGUCCAGGUGCGUAGCCGAGGCUGCCAGCCCGAGGAGGAAGUGUGUGAGGGAACAGUUGAGGAAGGCCGAGCCUGCAACCCCCAGCCCUGCAUUGGCAAAGAACGCAACAGGAGCCAGGGUCUGAGGGCCAUCAUUGGUUCGAGAAGAGAAGGUGAUUCCAACCCGGGAGUUGUUGCCACCCAAACAGAUGCUAAGAAUGACGAGUGGUCAUCAUGGAGUGCAUGCUCAGUCACCUGCGGUGAGGGCUGGCAGAGUCGCACUCGCCUCUGCGCUACUUCCUCCUUUACCACCCAGUGCACCGGGCCCCUGCGUGAGAACCGGCCUUGCAACAACACAGUCGUCUGUCCUGUUGAUGGUGCCUGGGAUGAGUGGACCCCCUGGAGCCUGUGUUCCUCCACCUGUGGCCGUGGCUACCGUGAUCGCAGCCGCUCCUGUAAGCAGCCCAAGAAUGGAGGAGAGCCAUGCAGGGGACCCACAAAACAAACUAAGUUCUGCAACAUCGCUGUCUGCCCAGUGGACGGAGCCUGGAACGAGUGGACCGCCUGGAGUGCCUGCUCCGCUUCCUGCUCCAACGGCACCAUGCAGAGAACAAGGGAGUGCAACGGUCCAUCUUAUGGAGGUUCUGAGUGUCACGGAGGAUGGAAAGAGACGGCCAACUGCUUCCUGAAAGACUGUCCCGUUGAUGGACGCUGGCAUUCAUGGAGCUCAUGGAGCAGCUGCAGUAAGACAUGUGGUGGAGGCGUUCAGCAGAGGCAGAGAGUGUGUGAAGGGCCUUUCUUUGGUGGAGAACCCUGCCCUGGUGAAAAACAGGAACAGAAGCGGUGCAACGAGAAGAGAUGCCCUGAGCCUCAUGAGAUCUGCUCCGAGCAGAACACUGGAGAUGUUGUGUGGAAGAAAACCGCUGCUGGAGAAAUGGCUGCCAUCUCUUGCCCCACUGAUGCCUCAGGUAUGAUUCUGCGCCGCUGCACCCUGGACGCUGUAGGUCUGGCCUCCUGGGAGAACCCCACUUACAUCAAGUGUGUCUCCAAGAACUAUCAGAACAUUCAGAUGCUGUCCAGGGACUACAUCUCCAAAGUGCAGCAGGGCCAGAGUGUGGAUGGGGUCGCAGAAGUGAUUUCACGUCUGAGAUUUGCCUCAGAUGAUGGAACCAAGUACAGCGGCGACCUGUUGGCCAUUAUGGAAACCCUGAAGAACACCACUGAUCUGUACAACGUCACCAAGCAGAAGCUGAGCAACGCUGACGUGGUGAACUACGUCCAGACCAUCAGCAACUUGCUCAAGGAGGAACACCGUGACAAAUGGGAAGAAGUGCAGCUGAUGGGUGCCAGUGUUAAGGAGUUUUUCCGCCUGGUCGAGGACUUUGUGAACAUGAUCGGCAUGCAAAUGAGCGGCUUCCAGGACGUUUAUGAAGUCACCGAGAAUUUGGUUCUGAGCAUCCACAAGCGCCCUGCAACUGAACACACCAACUUCACCUUCCCUGUGAAAGGCUGGAGAGGCAUGUUGGACUGGGUCAGAACCUCUGAGGAGAAGAUCUCGGUGUCCCGCGAAGCUUUGUCGAUCAAACAGUCUGAUGGCAGUGAUGCUUUCGUGACCGGCAUCGUCCUCUACAGAAACCUCGCUCCUAUUCUGUCCUUCCAAAGCAACACAAGCCUGCUCAACUCCAAGGUGGUAUCAGUGAUCGUCAACCCUUCCACAUCUUUCCUGUCCUCCCCUGUGGAGAUCGAAUUCCCUCACCUUCACAAUGGAACCAUGAAUGAGACGUGCCUGUCAUGGGACGAGAGUGAUGCUUCGUCCUUGCUCGGCUCCUGGUCUGCUCGGAGCUGCAGAUCCGUCCCCGUUCAUUCAUUCAGAACCAAAUGCGUGUGUGACAGCGUCUCCACCUUCGCCAUUUUAGCGCGCAUCAACUUGGACUCGAUCAUGGACAAGGCACUGCUCCCAUCCGUGACCCUCAUCGUUGGCUGUGGGGUCUCCUCUCUCACUCUGUUGCUCCUCAUCAUCAUCUACGUCUCGGUUUGGAAGUACAUCCGCUCCGAGCGCUCCGUUAUCCUCAUCAACUUCUGCCUCUCCAUUAUUUGCUCCAAUGCCCUCAUUCUUGUCGGACAAACGCAGGCUCGCAACAAGGUGGUGUGCACUCUCGUGGCUGCUUUGCUGCACUUCUUCUUCCUCUCUUCUUUCUGCUGGGUGCUGACAGAAGCUUGGCAGUCCUACAUGGCUGUCACUGGUCGUCUGCGCAACCGCAUUAUCCGCAAACGUUUCUUGUGCUUGGGUUGGGGUCUGCCUGCACUGGUGGUGGGCAUUUCAGUGGGUUUCACAAAAGCGAAGGGAUACGGCACCGUCAACUACUGCUGGCUCUCUCUUGAGGGUGGACUCCUCUACUCCUUUGUUGGCCCGGCUGCAGCUGUUGUUCUGGUGAACAUGGUCAUUGGUAUUCUGGUCUUCAACAAGCUGGUAUCCAAGGACGGCAUCACUGACGUAAAGCUGAAGGAGAGAGCUGGAGCAUCACUGUGGAGCUCCUGUGUGGUUCUGCCUCUGCUGGCCCUCACCUGGAUGUCUGCCGUCCUGGCCAUCACCGACCGCCGCUCAGCGCUCUUCCAGAUCCUCUUCGCCGUGUUCGACUCUCUGGAGGGCUUCAUCAUUGUCAUGGUUCACUGCAUUCUGCGUAGAGAGGUACAAGAAGCUGUAAAGUGCAGGGUAGUCGACCGCAAGGACGAUGGCAACGGAGACUCUGGCAGUUCCCAUCACAAUGGCCACACCCAGCAUAUGCAGUCUGAAAAUGAAAAGGAUGGAGAGUCAGGCAGACAAGGAAUGAAGAGCUCCUCCGAAGAGAAGAUGCCUCCUCCUCAGCUGCCUCUGCCCAUGGGCCCCAACUUCCACACCCUACCAUCCAACCCCAGUAAGGGCCAUAUGCAGGCAGUUCCUGAAUAUUCCAGCCACACACUGACACUGAAGAGGGAGAAAAGCAGACUCACCGGUGGAGUCGACCCAACCUGCGGGAAACCCAUCUACGUCUGCGAGAGUGAGCUGUUCCAGCAGCUGGACGCUGAUCUCGCACGGGCUCAGGUCGAGGGCAGUGUCUCGGAUGGCAGCGGCUACGUCUGCAUGCCCAACACCACCUCCACGCUUAGGUCCAAGCCUAAAGACGAUCAGACAAAAUACAACAUUAGCGUGGACCAACUGCCACAGGCCAGACUGAUGCACCUUGGCGGACCCUUUGCUGAGCCGCAGACUGCCUUUGGAAUGAAGUCCAUCACUCCAGAUCAGGUCAGCGUAUCGUACUCAGAGAGGGACUCGCCGAUACAGAACAUCCACAACAUGUCCAGCGAGUCCCACAUCACCCACAGCAGCCUGGAGAACACGUUUGAGUCCAUGAACUCUAUGAUGUCCAAGAGUGAGACCAUCUCCACACUGUCUAUGAGCUCUUUGGAGAGACAGAAAUCUCGUUAUGCUGAGUUGGACUUUGAGAAAAUAAUGCACACGAAGAAACGCCACCAGAACAUGUUCCAGGACUUGAACAAAAGGCUACAUCACGCAGAGAAGGACAGGGAGUCGCCUGCUUCUGACAGCAAGUCUGUGAGAUGGAGUGUGUCCUCAGGAGGAAGUGACAAAACCAACCACAGCGACAAACAGCAAACGUCAUUGGAGAGGUCUUGGGAAGGAGUCCGGGGAAUUCCACAGUCACCCCCUGCCUGGGUGCGCAAAGACCUGGAGCCACUUGCUGCCUCUCCUCUGGAGCUGCACUCUGUGGACUGGGAAAAAACCAGCACCACAAUCCCUCUAGUGGGACAAGACAUUAUUGACCUGCAGACAGAGGUUUGAGGCGUUGUCCGGAAAAUCCACCUGAUUUCACCUCGGUCACCUUUUUGGUUUGGGAAUGCAAUCCUUUAAGGAUAGAGUAAAGGAAACCAAGAAAGGGAGUAAGUGAGAAAGUAGGCCACAGAAUCAAACGUCUUCAAAGCUUCAGUCAGAGCAGGAAGUAGCAGGGGGGGGUGGAAGAGAGGAGGUAGUGGUGGGAUGUUUAAUGUAGCUUCUCCAUGUGGACCUCACUCGUGUCAGAGAAUUCAGAUAGAGCGUAGGGUAAGUGGAGUGGACACCGCUUUCCUUGGACCCCGGACUGACUGUGCAUCAACACAGAGGUUCCUGAACCUUUCAGCCUGGGCUUCAGAAGAUGUGGUCAACAUGUCUGUGCUUCUUUUUUCCUUCAACUCAACUUUGGAGAAAAAUAUAUUGAUAUUCAAACGGCGACGUCCUCCCUGCUCCUCAGGAGGUACGACCGUAGAACUCUUGGCUGCUUCUUUUGCGGCCGAGUUACUAUCCAAAAUAGGACAAGGCUCGAGAGCUUAAGGGACCAGUUUCAAGUCCAACACUACACACUCUUUAAUGGGCGCACACAUUUUUGCUUCAUGCUGUGAGUUAUUUAUCGAUUUCUUUUUGUUUUGUUUUUUUGAGGAUUUAUAAUCGCUUCAUUCCUGGAACUGCAACAACAGAACUGAAGAACGUGCUGAUAUUGCUUCUCUUUGCUGUUUCCACCGUUGUUAUGAGUACUCCAGUGGUUGUCAGUGAUAAGAUUACUAUUGUUUCUGUCAUUUUCUUUUUAUUUAUUUA